AUGGAUUUGCAUCUGGCGGCCAAGGGUCACGUGGAGUUUGCCUGGGCCCUGUCGGGCAUCGACUUGGGCACCUUGGAAGUGCAGGGCGACUCCCGCCCGGCCGACCUGAGGCGAGAACUGGAGGACCUUUCAAAAACUUCGGCCUUGUCAUUGCGCCUUGUGCUCGAAGGCGUGCAGGAAGUACAAGACAAGGCGACGACAGAAGCAAGCCUCGAUGAUGGCAGCUUGCAGGGAGGGCUGGAGCACCUUCGCCAGGUCGACGCGCUCCUCGACUGCGCCCAGCGCAUGGCGCUCGCAGAUCGCUCGCCAUGCCGAGUGCUGGCUUUCCGAAAGGAGCCCCCACCUUUUCCAGGGAUCAAGCCUUUCUUGAACUUCCUGUUCCGGAAUCGGCAUGAAUUGACUUGGGGCCCGAGUGCCAUUUACGACCUGACGCGCGGCGUUGUUGCUUUGGAGCAGGAUGGUCAGUCUCGCCCGCGGCGCAGGGACAGCAACGACAGCAACGACAGCGACUACAGCUUUGACGAACGCCAAUUCGACAACCCUUCCCGGACGAGAAUCGACUGCAACACACAGUUUUUCAUGCCCCUUGUGGAUGAGGAGGGAGUGGAAGAUAGGAGCUAUGAGGUUUUGGGUACUGCUUUACACCAUGCCGUCUUGCGUGGCCUUACCAGCGUGUGCAAGGGCCUGCUUGAUGACCCGGCCUUUACAGAAAGCGACGCACACUUUGACGUCGGCAUCUGGAACCGCCGGGGCCCCGAAUAUUGUUCUGAGCGAGGUACAGCUCUCCACGCGGCCCUACCCUCAAGCCUUUGGCGCAACACUAUCAACACUGAGAUUGUCACAAUGCUCCUUCACCACAGGCGCUGGCAGCUGACCUCGUUGACGUCAAUGCCUUGA